AUGCCGACGAUCAAGCAUCCAGUCAAGAUCAAUGUCGACUUGGGCGAAGGAUACGGGAACUUCAAGUGUGGGCCUGAUGAUGAGCUGAUGCCCCUCAUUGAUUAUGCGAAUGUGGCUUGCGGCUUCCAUGCUGGUGACCCUCUCAUAAUGCAUCAAACUGUCCUCGCGUGCAAAAAGCACAACAUCGCAGUCGGCGCUCACCCUGGGCUACCCGAUAUUCAAGGCUUCGGUCGCCGUGAGAUCAAGAUGGCUCCCGAAGAAUUGACCGCCGCGGUGCGAUAUCAAAUCGGGGCGCUCAAGGCGUUCUUGGACGCAGAAGCUAUACCAUUACACCACGUCAAACCUCACGGCGCGCUCUAUGGUAUGAUGUAUAGGGACAGAGAAGUCUGUCGAGCAGUGUAUGCAGCUGUGCCCAAGGGUACAACCGUAUUUGGGCUGGCCGGCACACUGCAUGAGGAAGUUGCAAACGAGCUUGGAUUGCCUUUUGUCGCCGAGCUUUACGGGGACGUCAAGUACAACAGCGACAAGACGCUUGUCAUCGACCGGAAGAAAAAGGCAUGGCAUCCCGACGACAUCAAGAAGCAUGUACGGACUCAAGUCGAGGAUGCGACUGUCACAGCAGUCUCUGGCGAGGAGCUGCAGCUCCCGGUGGGCGAUCAUGAGGUCUCCAUUUGCUGUCAUUCGGAUUCUCCUGGGGCAGUGGAGAUAGUCAAAGCAGCGCGAGAGAUCGUCGACGAGUUCAACAGCAAGCACUUUCCCAACGCGUAA